AUGUCCAUUGGAGUAGCACUACUUGGGGCGGGGGUCUUCGCUAAAAAAGAGCACCUUCCCGCCAUCAAAUCAUCUCCACUGUUAUCCCUGAAAGCGGUAUACUCGCGAUCGAGAACUUCAGCAGAAACCUUUGUGGAAGCAGCUGGCGACGAUACUGAAGCUUAUUUUGAUUCUCCAUCUGUUCCAUCCAGGUCGCUUGACGAUCUGUUGCGACGAGACGAUAUUGCUGCUGUGAUCGUGUGCGUGGCUAUUGAUGUCUCGCCGAAGCUCAUCAAGAAAGCUUUACGUGCGGGAAAGCAUGUGUUGAGCGAGAAACCCAUCGCUCCAGACUUGAAGACGGCUCGGAGCUUGAUAGACUUCUAUCAACAGGAGAUCAAAGGCGUCUUUUGGGGCGUGGCUGAGAAUUUCCGAUUCUGGAAAUCCGUGCAUGAAGCGGCGAAGAUAAUCAAGGAUCUAGACGCGAAUCUGGUCACCUUUUCGAUUACCUCUUAUUCCUUUGUGAACGCAGAUAAUCCCUUCUAUCAUUCUGAUUGGCGUCAGAAACCCACAUUCCAGGGAGGGUAUCUGUUAGAUGGCGGCGUACAUUUCGUGGCAGUUUUACGAACCUUGCUUGCUGCACUAGACCAAAAAAUCGAAGCUGUAUCGGCAUAUACGACAUCUAUACAGAAGACUCUUCCCCCUGUGGAUACUAUCCAUGCUAUUCUGAAGACGGAUCAUGGCCGUGUUGGCUCGUACAUCUCAUCGGUUGGAAUCGAAUCUAAGCUCGCAAUGGAGUUCGAGAUUGUCACGGACAAAGGCUCCGUUCGAUAUAGCCCAUUUCAGAUGCAAAUUGCUACCAAGCUGAAGAACCAGGAAGGGAAAUGGGAAGAGCAAUCUCAAACAGCACCACUGAUGUGGGGCGUAAAAGAAGAGGUAGCUGCAUUCGCCGAGGGGAUUUUGACAGGCAGGCUAGAUUCGAAGCUGUCGAUAUCUGAAGCGUUAGAAGACCUGAGAAUUGUGGAAGCCAUGCUGACCUCUGGAGACGCACAAGGACUGCCGAUAACUAUCUCAAAGGAUGCAGCUUAG